UGUGAAAGUCGUAUUUGACAAACAUAUUGGAUGAACUAUCCGAUUUUGUAUCCCACCCUACUCGUAUUUAGUGUAUAAAACAGGUGGUCCAUCGUUAAACCUACACAGUCACCACACGUCGUCUUCACAAGCAUCAUGAUAAAAUAUACCGUGUGCAUGGCACUGGCCAUGACCCUGGCGGUAAUGGCCGAACCACCGUCGGGAUAUUCCUACUCAAAACCUGGAGGUGGUGGAUUUUUAGGCGGUGGCGGCGGUGGUUAUCACAGUGGACUGUCCGGCGGUGGAGGUGGAUACACAGCCGUAUCUUCAGGUUAUCAAACGAGCGAAGGACAACACAUUGAUCAUGCAUUAUUAGAACAAGUUCGUCAAAUUCUACUUAAAGAAGAGCAAUCCUCAUCUUCACACAGUGUUGGUGGUUUUGGUGGACACGGUAUCAGUUCUUCAUAUGGCCCACCUUCACAUUCGUACGGACCCCCAUCCUCCGCGUAUGGUGUUCCUGGUUACGGUGGCGGUCACGUUAUCGGCAUUGACCUGGAAGGUGUCAAACAAGCAAUUCAAGUUGCCCAAUACCACCAGGCCAGUAUAUCUCACGGAGGUGGCGGUGGUGGUUACUCAUACCACAAACCCUCUGGCUCAUACGGAGCUCCCUUCUAAGCUUACGAGCUGCAAAAGAACUGAAAUCACCAUCACACGGGUCCAUGACGCAACAAAAACAUUCAUUUGUACCAUACCACGAGUUAACGUUAUUUUUUUACUCUGUAUAAAGCUUUAUGUAGGUUAUGUUUGUAAAAAUACAUUUGUCACCGUA